AUGGCAGAGAAGUCAAUAUUUAAUGAACCUGAUGUGGACUUCCAUUUGAAAUUGAAUCAACAAUUAUUUCACAUUCCUUAUGAACUACUGUCCAAACGUGUUAAGCAUACUCAAGCAGUAAUCAAUAAGGAAACUAAGUCACUUCACGAACUCACUAGUGCAUUAAAUGAAAUAUUUAAACAUAAUGAUGUUGAACACGAUAAAGUAGCACUAGCAAAUAUAACUGGAAUGAUUAGAAAGAUUGAUGACAUAGAAAAAUUCUUGAGUAUGCAAAUUAAAUCCUACUGUCAGAUUUUAAACAGAAUAAAGAAAAGGCUGGAGUUUUUCCACGAACUAAAGGACAUUAAGUCUCAAAGUUCAGAAAUCUCAAAUGACGAAAAUGACCACAAUACCAGGAACAAGUUGAUUCAGUGGUAUCAAAGUUAUACAAAUAUAUUGAUUGGAGACUACUUAACGAGAAAUAACCCAAUCAAAUAUAAUUCAGAGACAAACGAGCACUGGAACUCAGGUGUGGUUUUUUUGAAACAGAUUCAAUUGGAUGAUCUCAUCGAUUAUGAUGUUCUCUUGGAGGCUAAUAGGAUCUCGACUUCGCUAUUACAUGAGCAUGAUCUUUUACCCCUAAUUUCAUGGAUAAACGAUAACAAAAAGAUUCUGACCAAGAAAUUAUCUAUAUUAGAGUUUCAAGCAAGAUUGCAAGAAUAUAUUGAAUUAUUGAAGGCAGACAAUUACACAGACGCUAUAUUUUGCUUCCAAAAGUUUCUUUUGCCAUUCGUUCAAAGUAAUUUCGCCGAUUUAAAGUUAGCAUCGGGACUCUUAAUUUUUAUCAAAUAUUGCAAUAAGCAAAAGCCAAAUUUCUUCUCUUCCAGUUCGGGAUUUAAUGCUGCAGAAAUUAAGUCACGAAACUUACCUAUUAAAAAAGAUCAAAUUUUUCAACAUUUUUUUCAUAAAUCUUUACCAAGAAGUACUUUCGAUUCAGAAACGGAUACAACCAAGUAUGACAAGAGUUCCUUAAUAAAUUUACAAAAUGGAGAUUUUGAAAGGUAUUUUAAUUUGUUAAACGAUGAACGAUGGUCAGUAUUGAAUGAUUUAUUCUUGGAUGACUUCUAUUCCAUGUAUGGCAUAUCACAAAAUGAUCCGUUACUAAUAUAUUUGUCACUAGGCAUAUCAUCGUUAAAGACAAGAGAUUGUCUGCACCCUUCUGAUGAUGAAAAGGAAAAUAAAGAGCUGGAAUCUUCUAUUAUAGCACAAGGUGAAGUCGAAGACUUACAGAUAUUUACACUGCAUUCGUUAAAAAGGAAAAAUUGUCCAGUUUGCAGUGAGACUUUCAAACCAAUAACACAGUCGUUGCCAUUUGCUCAUCACAUCCAGUCUCAAUUAUUUGAGAAUCCGGUAUUGUUACCGAAUGGAAACAUAUAUGACAGUAAAAAAUUGAAAAAACUAGCCAAAACGCUGAAGAAGCAAAAUUUAAUAUCUUUAGGUCCAGGUCAAAUUAUGGAUCCAGUCGACAUGAAAAUCUUCUGCGAGUCUGAUUCCAUUAAAAUGUAUCCGACGUAG